CCAAUAAGAAUGAAGCUUAUAAUCAACGCUCAUUUUCAUUUCAAAUAUGGCGGCCGAAACAGAAUACAUAGAAAACGAAGAGUUCUAUACGAAUUUAUUACUUUCACUUGAGAAAGACGGCCAAAACUUAGCUUCAGCGACGAACGACGAUGGCAAGUAUAUCCUACCGAAACCUGGGUUUGUUAUUAAGACAAAAAACGAAGCAGAUGAGAAAAUUUUUAUAAAUAUUUUAUCGAGUUGUGAACUGCCGUCGCCAAAGGACAUCAGCGAGGUUGAACUGCAACAGUUACUUGAAGAUCCAGAUGGGACUCAGUUCAAAGUUCCUCUGGCACUUGGAGAGCCACAUGCUGAAACUGAUAAAAGUGGAAAAGGUGUUUAUUCAUAAUAUUUCUUGGAAAUUUAUUCA